ACACAGAAGUAAGGAAGAUAUCUAGUGAUCUGAAAACUCCAUCUGUCUUGCAAGGAUGGAGUGGAAUGCAGAGCCCCAUCAUGGACAAUGAGCAGAAGAUAUUAGAGCUCACCAGGAAAAUCAUUGAGCUGCUGACAGGAGAGGUUCCUAUAAGAUAUCAGGAUGUUGCUGUCUAUCUCUCCAUGGAGGAGUGGGAAUAUUUAGAAGAGCACAAGGAUCUUUACAAGGACAUCAUGAUGGAGGAUACCCAGCCCUUCACAUUACCAGAUGAAGCUAAUGAAACCACUCCAGCAGAGAGAUGUCUCAGUACUCGAUGUUACCAAGACUGCCCAGAGGAUAUUCGCAAUGUCCUACAGGAACAUCAUGGAACAGAGGAUGAAGGUUUGAUUAAUAUUAAAGCUGAGGUAAGAAAACGAGAAGAGGAGACAUAUAUCAUCAGUGAUCACCUCUGUAAGGAGGAAGCGACUCCUACUUACAUCAAUAAGGAUGGCCACUACAGCAGCAUUGGUACAUGGGACACAUGUCUUGAUUUACCUCAAUACUGUAAAAUAGAAGAGAACAAUGUAGCAGAUUCACUAGAAUGUCCCAUCACUCAUCUAAAGCAACAAGAUCUGCCGUCAGUCUCUUCUAAUUCUGAGGAAUGUUCAAAUACGACAGACAUUCUUAAAUCCAGUGCAGUUAGAAGAAAUUAUAAAACCUUCCAGUGCACUGAAUGCUGCAAAACUUUCAGCCAGAAUGCUGACCUUAUCAGGCAUUCUAGAGUACACACGGGUGAGAGGCCAUUUUUAUGUACUGAGUGUGGGAAAUGUUUCACCCAGAAGUCCGCUCUUAUUUAUCACAAGAGAAUCCACACGGGAGAAAGACCUUUUCCAUGUUUUGACUGUGGCAAGUGCUUUGCUCAUAAAUCCAUUCUCAUCAAUCACCGUAGAGUUCACACAGGGGAGAAGCCGUUUUCAUGUGCUGAUUGUGGGAAAUGUUUUGCUUAUAAAUCCUAUCUCAUUGACCACCAAAGAAUCCACACAGGAGUCAAGCCUCACCAUUGUAUUGAGUGCAGAAAAUGCUUCACUCACAAGUCAGAUCUUAAUAGACAUAGAAGAGUCCACACUGGAGAAAAGCCAUUUUUUUGUGCAGAAUGUGGGAGACGGUUUGCACAAAGAGCAAAUCUUGCCAUACACCAAAAAAUUCACCUACAGAAGCAAUUUCCAUGAAUUUAUUGAGGUGUCAUAGUCAAGUUAUUCCAUUACUGCAAUAUACAAAAUGUUGAUGACUGCAUCUCUUUUGGGGAAUAUAGAUGGUUUUCGUAUAUGCUUUACCUUGAACUUAUAUUUUACACUGAUUUUUUAAGAUUUUCAAUCCACUGCCUAAUUUCCAGACAGACGGAUGCCUUUCUUGUUUGCCAUGUCCCAUCCUUAUAGUAGAAAGGAAUGGUGGUUGUUCUUUGAUUUGUUUGCUCAAGUUGCAGAGCAUGUGGAGAAGGCCAUUUUAACAUUUUCACCAUCCAUUACAAAUGGUAAUUGCUGUAUAGCGCUGUUCUGGGCGGUUUUAGAAUCAGGUACUAAUGAUAUCCACCUCUAAACUGCCCAGAACAGCACUAUACACCGCCCAUUUGCGGAGGCCUAGCAUACAGAUGUGAAGCCCAGUACGUCACCCGCUCACAACAAACAGACUUUGCCCUGCACGAUGCAAAGCAAGGGAAGCUUCGGAGCAAGGCAAUGCUCCGAUGCUCCACUCAUACAAGGGGAGCUUAUAUCUGGGUUCAGCCCUGAACCCUGAUAACCACUUUAAUCCUUGGCAAAAAUGGUAAUUUGUUUGUCCCCACAGUGGGA